CGGUCGUAUCAGCACUUACGUUGUCACUGGCCGUGCCCGGCAAAUUAUGGAGGUUCCGUAAUCCCCUGCGGAGUCUUAGCCCAGGUCGCGUUGUGCUUUCUGACAAUAUCCCGUUUCGGCGGAGGCCCUUGAUGGAGUGUUCUGCAGGCGCACUCCAUUCUGCUAGUCCGUACAUUACUCCUGUUUGUUCCCUGCGCGCCAGGAAGAUCUUCCAGUCUCCAGAUACCCUCGACUGUCGCCCGACGUGCAACUGGUUGCUAGACGGAAGACGACCGUCUUAAUGACCCGGUCGCCUCCCGCUGCCCUCCCUCUUUCUUCUCCGCUGCCCUUUGCCUUGUUCUUCUAGCUCUUCACUUCAUACCCUGGGGAGGAAAGUGUUCCUCUCCUAGCCACUCCUUCACCAUGCUGUUCUUCUGGGUUCUGCUGCUUCUUUCCUUUCGCCAUGUCAUCGCGGAGGCCGAUUCGGACGAUGAUAUGAUGUCCUUUGUAACGCUGCCGGAAGUGAGAGCGUUGAAAUUUAAUAUCGCCUACUACGAUCGCGAAUCCGUUAGCCCGGGCUACUGGUUCGUUGCGCCAUAUGGCGUGAUUGACCCAGAAACUCCCACGAAGCAAUGGAAGCCGUGCCAGGUUGGACCCUACAUCUACGAUGCCGAUGGCACCCUUAUCUGGGCCGGCUCUUGCAUGUUCGACAACCGCAAUAUCUUCGACUUCAAAGCCGUCAACACCAUCGAUGACCAGUCUCACCUCUCAUUCAUCCUUCAGCAUGCCUACCAGGACAACGGCGCAGACAAGGGCUACGGCUACAUCCUGGACCACCAUUAUGACAUGGAAAAUGCUGUGCCGGUGACCAACGACCUGGGGACUUUCAACAUGCACGAAUUCAACGUCCUCCCUGGUGGAAAGACCGCUUUAGCGUGCGCUUACCGAAACGAAUGGGUUGACUUGGGAGACCUCGGCCGCCCCAACGAGUACGGCUGGAUCGUCGCGGGAGGCUUCGUCGAGAUGGAUACCGCGACCGGCGAGGUUCUCUUCGAAUGGAGUUCGCUCGGCUAUAUCCCGAUACAUGAGUCGGUGAAAGUGGGCGCCAACUGGGCUCCUUCUGGCGCUCCGGGCUGGGAUUACGUGCACGUCAACUCCAUCGACAAGAACGCCAACGGCGACUACCUUCUGUCCGCGCGAUUCACCAGCACCCUCUAUCUAAUUUCCGGGGUGGACGGACACAUCAUCUGGCGCCUUGGUGGCAAAUACUCGGAUUUCGUUCAAGACUUUACGUUCUCGAAGCAGCACCACGCCCGGUUCGUCGAGUCCAACGCCACCCACGCGACUAUUUCCUUCCUCAACAAUGCCUCGGACGAAUCUGAAAAUGAGGAGAACGUGUCGGCCGCGAUGUUCGUGCAGGUUGACACCACGACCACCCCUAUGACAGCCCGGCUGGUUAACAAAUACAACCGCCCCGAUGGCAGCCUCACCCGGCUGCGCGGUAGCGUUCAGAAUCUGCCCAAUGGCAACGUCUUUGUCGGAUGGAGUGAGCGGGGAAUGCAGAGUGAGCAUUCUCCCGAAGGCAAAGUCCUGAUGCAAGCCAUCUUUUCAUCCAGCCGCUUCUCGACCUACCGGUCGUACAAGUUCCCCUUCGUCGGCCGCCCCAGCGCGCCGCCGGACCUGGUUGCUUCCGUGUACGGCACCGAUGAGACUGACCUAGCCACGAUCUUCCACGUCAGCUGGAACGGCGCGACCGAUGUUGCAUCCUGGAACUUUUAUGCACGGGCCGACCGCCACAGCAUCCCGGUGCUGAUCGGAAACACAACCAAGUUCGAUUUCGAGACCAUGUACAUCGCAGACGGCUACAUGGAUUGGGUGUCCGUGGAGGCGGUCGACAAGGACGGCAACGUCCUGGGGACAUCGGCUCUGCACCGGACGGAAACGCCGCAGAACUGGCGCCUGGCCGGAUUCCAGGGCGAUCUCAAGCCCACGGCCGAUGACCCGUCAGUCCUGUACGCGCCCAAGAAGCCUGCAGAGGACGUGAUAGACCCCGCCACUAAGGCCAAGCAGGAGGCCGAGGAGAAAGCCAAGGAGGCCGCCAAAACCAUGGCCAAGGCAAAUGAGGUCAUCCACGGGAUCGGUGGCCUACUGAUCUUCAUUCUGGUCGCAUGCUCCGUGGGCGGGCUUCUGGCGGGGGCGUACUGGUAUCUCCGCCGUCGUCGUAUGCAGGCAUACCACGAGGUUCCGUCCGAGGAAGGUCAGCCGUACACAGAGGAGGAGAGACCGGAGGUCAGGUCUAGGGACUGAGGGAGCGGUGGACGAACUGAACUGUACAGAUACGGCGCUGAGUGAAGUGGUUGGUUGGUUGGUUACUGGCUGGGUAUGGUGGUCUGGGACGACCAACAGAAGACGACGGCUCGGAGUCAUUUUGCAUAUCGCGGGCGUUCAUGCAUGUCUAAAACACCCCUUUGGACCCUUGUACCGUUUUUUCCCCCCUUGACGACUGACGUACAUAUUGCCUACAUCUAAUUGUACUUGCAUAAAUAGACAAUACUACCUUGAUACAUAUACAAUGAUAUGCAAC